AUCGGGACAUAGGAGGAGCAACUUGGCCGCGGGGUAGACAGUCCGGGCGAUCCCCCCCUUGAACGAGAGAGAUCAUCAGUGUUGAUGGCUCGCGGCGGACGCGAUCCCAAUUUCGAGCCGGUUAUCGGGAUCGACCUGGGGACGUCGUUUUGCUGUCUAGCGAUCUGCCAAGGAUACAACGAUGUGGAGAUCAUUGUCGCGGACGAAGGCAAGCGCACAACCCCCUCCUAUGUGGGCUUCUCGGACUCAGAGUGUAUGGUCGGCGCCGCGGCGAGGCGAUAUGCAGGGAUGUCGCCCAGCAAUUGCAUCUUCGAAGUCAAACGCCUGAUGGGCCGGUCGUUUCUGGAGAAGAGCGUCCAAGAUGACGCCAGAAUGUGGCCUUUCCAGGUCGUCCCGGGACCUAACGGCGAGGCGCUGGUUAGGGUUCCCAGCGUCCCGGGGCGAGAUUUCAGACCGGAGGACAUCUCCGCGGAGCUGCUGAAGAAGAUGAAAGGGCUGGCGGAGAGCUACGCGGGCAGAAGCAUCCGAAAGGCGGUGAUAACGGUUCCCGCCUAUUUCAGCGAUCUGCAGCGGCAAGCGACGAAGGCGGCGGGAUCCCUCGCCGGCUUGGAAGUGAUGAGGCUGAUGAGCGAGCCGACGGCGGCGGCUGUCGCAUACGGCUCGAGACGGCUAAUGGGCACAAAUUGCAGGGGGAAAAGGAUCUUGGUCUUUGAUCUGGGCGGGGGCACAUUCGACGUGUCGAUAAUCACCGUGACCUGCGAUGAGGGACUCGACGACGAUGCCAAUUUCAAGGUCAACGCAGUGGCGGGAAACAGUCAUUUGGGCGGCGCAGAUUUCGACAACAACGUUGUUGCGUUUUUCCGGAACGAGUACGCGCGGCUAACUCGACAGCCGCUCCCGACGGAUCCGAAGACGAUGUCCAAAUUGAGAGAGGCGGCGGUAGAGGCCAAGCACGCGCUUUCGUUCAGCCACUUCACGCCCAUCGAUAUCGAAAUGCCAGGCAACAGAGAGCUGUGCACGACCUUAAGUCGCGCCACGUUCGAAGAGCUUAAUCGACCACUUUUCGCGCAAUGCAUCGAUGUGGUCGAAGAGGCUCUGCGCGGUGCUCGUAUCAGCAAACACGAGAUCUCCGAUGUCGUGCUCAUCGGCGGCUCAAGUCGGAUUCCCAUGGUACAGGAGAUGUUGAGGACCUAUUUUGGCAAACCGCCGCUGCAGAACAUGGAACUCGACGAGGCGGUGGCUUAUGGCGCCGCCGUGCAGGCAGGGAUGCUCGUCAGCAAUCGCUGCGUCGAGGUUAGCGAGGUCACCCCAUUAAGCAUUGGAGUGCAGCUGAACCUGCAGCAGAUGGGGGUCAUCAUUCCAAAAAACACUCCCCUGCCCGCGUGCGGGUCCGACGAAUUCGCCGCCGCCAUCGAUUACCAAACCAGUCUGAGUUUUCAGAUUUACGAGGGGGAGCGCGCUUUGUGCAGCGCUAACCGUUUCCUCGGCGAGUUCGAGAUGACCGGUUUCAGACCUGCGCCGGCGGACGGCAGGCCCGUCGUGAAGCUCAUCCUCCAGGUGGACCCGGACGGGUUGCUUCAUGCCCGCGCUGAGCCGACCAGAUUCGACUUCGGGGCCGAUGCCGUGGGAGCUGAGAUUCGAGGAACGCUGCAUACGGGCGACAUACAUAGAGUAAUAGCGGAUGCGCAGGCGUCGCAACAGACGGACAACGAGAUCAGGGCGGCGUUUCAGUCUCGCCUGGACCUGCGCGUUUUGACCCUGCAUCUGCGUCAGAACAUCUCUCGAAUGAGUUGGUUGAAACGGCGAUUGCUAGGGAACCGAGUGAAGAAUACGUUAGCUUGGCUGUCGGAAGAGGUUCGGGUGUCGCCCAGAGCGGAGUACGAGCGGAGGAAGCGAAAGUUAGCGCGGUUCGGCAGACUACCUCCGACGCCGCCGCCGCCGCCGCCGCCACAAGCAGCAAUGAUUCGCGCGCAACCGCCGUUUCCCUCGCCCCUUGACGACGACAAGGUUCGUAUGACAUGCAGCGCGGGUGGAUUUUCUUUCAGAUGGUAGAGUUUUUUUUUUGGGAGGGGCCGAGCGGGCGUUUAUUCACCAAGGCUGUAUAUGGCGAUCCUCGACAUCGCACCCCGGUGGAA